AUGGAGAGAGGCAUAUUUCGCUAUCUCAAGUGGCAGGAGCUAUACAAGGUUGAAAAACCUUUCCAGGUCCUCAUUGAUUUGCCUGAGGAUGCUGAACUGAAGCGGCAAACAAAUAUGGAAUUUGAAGAUGGUUCGGAGGUGACCAUUACGGAUAUUCGAGCCGUUCAAAGUCGCCCCCAGAUUGACACACACGGAUUUACAUAUGCUUAUCACGAUAGUAGUCUCACUGAAGACCAGUUUCUUGAUAAGGUAAAUGUUGAGUCAAUAUAUCUUCCAGAGUGUGAGGCACUGCUUCGGAGCUCAUUGGAUGGGGUCGAUGAGAUCCAUUUCUUCAAUUGGCUGGUACGAGAUACCAGUUCUGUUCUAUCGGGCAAGGAGGUAGAUUUGAACAAUCCUUUGGCCCUGGUUGGACCUGCAAGAGUCGUUCAUAUUGAUCAAACAUCCACUAGCGCAGUAGAAAGGGUCUAUCUCGAGCUGCCAUCAAAGGCAGAGAAACUUCUAAAAGGAAGACUUCGUCUGAUUAACUUAUGGCGCCCUGUUAAUGGCCCAGUGGAGAAUUUCCCACUCGCCAUGUGUGACGGUCGAACAGUGUCACCUACUGCACGAGUGCAGUCAGAUCGAAUCAGACGGAAAUAUACCGGAGGCACAACUUUUGUGUUACAAGAGUCUGAGCAAAGAUGGUACUACCUCAGUCAUCAGAAAAAUAAUGAGGUUACUAUAUUCAAGAACUUUGAUUCGGAUUAUGAUAUGACACAAGACGCCCCUCAUUCAUCCUUCGUGCCGCUAGUUCAUACCCCUGGGAUUCGGCCUCGCCGAAGCAUCGAGGUCAGAGCGAUGGUGUUUACAUAUGCUCCGAAUUAG